AUGCAGGAAGUAGCCAAUCCAAAACCUUAUGGAAAAAAAAAUGGUUUUUACCACGAUUAUACUAAUAUUUCUGACUUUCCUGCAGGCGGCUCAAAAAACGAAACAGUACCACCAAAUCAUGAGGGUUCGAAGCCAGCUGUAUCAUCUCACCGAUCUCACCGUAAUUACACAGUGGCUGUUGGGAAACGAAUUGGUGUUUAUAGAAUUAAUGAAAAUUACAAUAAAACUGAACCAAAUCUUGAUUUGACUGAAGAGUACGGCGAUGGGGCAGCUACUAAGUUGACCGAAUUCGAUAAGCUCGAUAAGCAAAAGAGUUUGGUAUCAAUCAGUACUGUCAGUAGUGGUACAACCGAAACUGUCCGUACAAGCUCAAGUUUUAAUAACUUCAGUUCUUCUGUCUCAACAAAAAGAAAUACUACAACGCAACGUGUAGAGGUCAACGGCGACAGUUUUUUGCAGAGGCCUCAAGUUGAUUACAAAGACCGCUAUGUUGAAGGUUAUUUUCACAUAUUGGUUAUUGUCGACGCAACUUUUUUGUUGAUUACAUGCUUGGCAUUUUUUGUUGUGUUAAGAAAUGCUGAGCACUGA